UACUAUUCAUAACCACGGCGCCACGCGCGAAACUGAGGAGCACAACCUCCCAAACCAUUUUCCUCCCACGCCCCUUUCUCCGCCACCCCCCACCCCCUCGCUUGCAAGCCAGCCAGCAUUCGCCUCGCCGGCUCGCCCUCAAUCUCCCGCGAGCCAUGCCACCGUCGAUCGCCUGCUCGGUCAAAUGUCGCCCCCACCACCACCUAGCACCGCUGCCCCCCGCCGCGUCGCUGGAGCUCCUGGCCGCCGGCGAUCUGCGGGCGUCAACGCGGUGCCGGAGCCCGCCGUCCCUGUGCCUGGCUCCGCCGUGCCGGGGAACCCCGUCCGCUAGGCGGGCCCGCGCCGCCGUGGCGGUGGGGGGAGACGGCGACGGCUCUUCCGCGGCGCCGCUCGCCAGCGCGCAGUCGCGGCACGCCAUCUUCCGCGACGAGCUCGUGCGGAGGGCCUUCUCAGCGGCCGAGGCGGCUCACCGCGGCCAGGUGCGCGCGAACGGCGAUCCCUACCUGCAGCACUGCGUGGAGACGGCGGCGCUACUCGGGGAGCUCGGCGCCGGCCCUGCUGUUAUCGCUGCUGGGCUGCUGCACGACACGGUCGACGACGCGGGCCUCGACUACGGUUUCAUCUCCGAGCAGUUCGGUGCUGGUGUCGCCGACCUUGUCAAGGGGGUAUCAAAUCUAAGUUACUUGAGCAAACUGGCUCGUAGAAACGAUACAGCCAGUAGAACUGAUGAAGCUGACAGGUUACGUAGAGUCUUCCUUGCAAUGGAAGAUGCGAGAGCUGUGCUCAUUAAACUUGCUGACAGGCUACACAACAUGAGGACGUUGGAUUCUUUGCCCAAAAUCAAACAACAGUGCUUUGCAAAGGAAACACUGGAGAUAUUUGCUCCCUUGGCUAACCAGUUGGGCAUCUUAAACUGGAAGGAACAGCUUGAAAAUCUGUGCUUCAAGUACCUUUACCCAGAUAAAUAUGAGGAACUGUCAACCAACCUUCUCGAAUUCUACAACAGAGAUAUGAUUGUAGCUGCAACAAGGCGACUGGAACAAGCCCUUCAGGUGAGAGGACUAUCCUGUUAUGCCAUAUAUGGGAGACACAAGAGCAUGUACAGUAUCUACAGCAAGAUGGCAAGGAAGAAACUGGCUAUGGAUGAAAUUUAUGAUAUACAUGGGGUGCGUGUUAUACUUGAGAACAAGGCUGAUUGUUUCGCCACAUUAGAGGUUAUCCAUCACUUGUGGCCUAGAAUUCCUGGGAAGUUCAAAGAUUAUAUCAACAACCCCAAACCCAAUAGGUAUCAAUCCCUGCACACGGUUGUUCUCACUGAAGAAACACUCCCACUAGAGAUUCAAAUUCGUACCAGGGACAUGCAUUUGCAGGCAGAGUUUGGAAUUGCUGCACAUUGGAGAUACAAGGAAGGUGUUCGGAGUUGCUCUUCAUCUGUUCCUGAAAUGGUUGAAUGGGUUAGAUGGGUCGUUACGUGGCACUGUGAAACUUUGCACACAUACCAUCCUUCAUCACUUGCACCUGACAAUUCACCAAGCAACAUACACACAAUUAUGGCGCACUCUGAGGUCUGCCCGUUCUCCUAUUCAAAACGGUGUGACCACAGUGGACCGGUUCUAGUAAUACUUCUGGAGAAUGAAAAGAUGUCGGUGCAAGAACUCCCCCAAAAUUCAACGAUAUCGGACCUACUGAAGAGGGCUUCUAGCUACGACAUUCAGUUGAGGCUGAGGCUCAACUGUCAUGUCAUCCACAACUUGAACCAGGAGUUAAAAAUGGGUGAUGUGCUUGAAUUGAUCCCUUUAACUCCAUGCAAAUCUGGAGGUUAUACGAGGGAGUUCCACCAAAUGUUCGACCACCGACUUGCGGUUUCACAGUCCUGACAACUGUAGAAUACCAUACCUUGUAAAUACAUAACAUGACACACCAUGUAAAUCAUCUGAAGUUUAGCCCGAGAAAGAGACGUCCAAGAAAAGCUCAGAGAGUUUGUUCAUACUGAUUACGCUGUAGUCAUUGUAUGAUUUAGGUGCUUAAUUACUUGUAAGUUGUUACACCUGGAGGACGUUGGCAGGAUUUUCUGGUCGAAGUUUCUAGAUAAAUUAGUCUCUUUUUGGCUAGGAUAUGUCCACUCUGAAAAUGUUCCCUGUUUUUUCUUUUGCAUGAGGGGUUGUAUAUAAUAUGUAAUGGUGA